UUGCCAGUAUCUAGCAUCAACCAGUUCAUAGACCAGAGCUUCACGACAUCAGCCGGUCAGCGCGCGCGGGCGAGCGUCUCAGUGGGCGCUUCCUGCUACUCACCGAACAUCGCAGCCCCGACACCGUAGCAGAAAUCUUCCUCGAGGAAGUGCUUGCUGCACACCUGGUUCAUUCCCGUCAGAUCAGUUUAACAAGAAACAUGAGUCCGAUUUCCACUGCGCUGCCCCCGAUGUCGAGGCUGGAGAACCGUACAGCCUUGGUGACCGGAGCUGGAAGCGGCAUCGGGCGGUGUGUGUGCGAGGCUCUAGCAGCGGACGGAGCCCGGGUGGUCGCCGCCGACUGCAACGAGGACGCUGCCCACGAGACCGUGUCCAGGCUUGUUGGGGGAGCUGGGCGACACCUGGCCUUGCACGUCGAUGUCAGCAGCGAGGCCUCAGUAAAGUCUAUCUUCAGUCGCAUACGAGAUUCGCCGGGCCUGCCAGCAGUGAGCAUCGUCGUUUGCUGCGCCGGAGUCAAGAACAUUGACAGCGUAGUCGACACAAAGCCCGAAGCCUUCGACCGCGUUAUAUCAGUUAACCUAAAGGGCACAUUUUUGACGGUGCAAGCAGCAGCCAGCGAUAUGCUGUCCCGGGGUGUGCGGAAGGGCGCCGUGGUGACGCUCUCCAGCGUUGUGGCCCGGACGGGUUUGAGCCGACAGUGCGCCUAUGCCGCGUCCAAAGCGGCCAUCGUGGCCUUCACCAAGACGGCGGCGCUCGAGCUGGCGCCGCACGGCAUCCGCUGCAACGUGGUGCUGCCAGGAUUCACCGACACCACCAUGACAGCCGACGUGAGCGACAAGGACCGCACCUACGUGAUCGCCCGCACGCCCCUCGGCAGGGCAGCCCAACCCGAGGAGAUUGCCAGAGCCGUCCGGUUUCUGUGCGACGAGGCGGAUAGCUCAUUCGUUACUGGAGCAGCCCUCGAUGUCACCGGUGGUCUUCACAUGUGACAGUGAGAACUGUGGAAUCUUCGGCGACCGACACUGAAAGAACUCUCGCUACGACAACGUCAGUUUGUAGAAUCAUAGUGACAACUGAUCUUGAAAAUGCAGUUAAAAAUGUAAUUUUCCUGAGUCUUUAGGCCACAAGAAUAAGCUAUAUAUACGCUUUUCAAAUAUUGCGUUUAUCGCAGACACAUUUCUACUUAACCAUCACCUUUGGAAGGGGCAACAAUUUCUGCAGCUCUGAUGGAAAAUUGGCUGGGCUGUCCAAUUGCUUCCUUAGGAUGCGUAUAGCUUUCUCGUUUCGAGAGUUUCCAUCAACAUCAGUGGCGGUCUGUGCAUGUUAACGCGAAAUCUGCAUUGAGUGUGUGUGCGAGUGAGACGAAAAAUAUAUGGUUGAUCUCUGUUACACAGGAAUCGUUGGAAUACGAAAGGGAAACGGGUCUUCACAGAAGCUGAAGCUAUUGCAUGUUUGCUUCGUGAACUCACGGUCCGCUGCAGUGAAAUGCGCACGAUUUGCGGAUCGGCGACUGUGAUACAGGUUUGUUUAGAGCACGGCAUGUUGGCGAGCGGCGUCCUGCUGCCGAGUCGCUUCGGCGAAGGUGCGAACUUUCUGGUCCGGCUCCGUAGUUUCUUGGACAGCGAGUUGAGCUGCGGCGCGCUCAGCUUCAGGAAUGCGAGUGGCAUGCGUUCGCAGCGUGGAUGCGAACGCACGAAGGCGUUCUGCUUCACGCUGGCUUGUUUCUCGCCGGAAGAAAGCGUGAUUCGCCGGUCGACGUCAUUGCCUUCCUGCGCCUCUCAGCGCGGCAGUUAGGUGGUGCCAUUGCAAGCGAAGCAGUAGGCGGCGUGUGAGAACUGCUGAUGUGUGUUGAAGCUGCACUCCGCAGCCGACGAGGCGUCACUGGCUAAUUGGACGCGAAAUACUAACCAUGUGCGGAAACUGCGUUGUCACUUCAGCAGAAGGACUACACCGCCUACACCAGGCUACACCGCGUUGGAGCCUCCGCUGAGCUGAGACAACCGAAGGGCUCACUGUCGGCGCUCGUUAGUGUCACGAUGCAGUACUUCGGUUCACCGCUGCUAGAUUGACCGCCUCGUCUGCACAUUUCCCUCUGCGAUGACCAGAGUUCCUCUACCCCAAACCACGUUAGAUCAUCUGGACUUAAUUGCCGUUAUAGCAACCGCAAGUUGUGUCAAAACAACUAAGGUGAUUCAUGACACGGAGAAACUGCUAUGUGAACAUCUUGGGAAAUUGUCGAACCGAGCGAAGGAGAGAAAGAGAGACAGAGGAAGAAAUAAAAAUGCGGUGCAGAAUGGGGUAGCAAAGAACUACACAGAGAGUUACUAUUCCUUUUUUUAAUUUGAAUCAGACUUCCUCAACGGAGCUUUCGAGAUGCCUUGCUCCUUAGUAGCCAAAGUCUCAUACUUUCGUCUGUUUUAAUAAACACAGAUAACCUUGCACGUCUUGAGGCCACCUUCUCAAUAAAGUCCUUUUUCACUACUAAUAAACAGUGCCUUAUA